CUUGUCACUUGCAUCUCUCAUGCUACGCAUCCUUCUUCGCAACCGUAGCUCAGAUCCUCUCUGUGCAAGUUUUGUGGAUUUCCCAACUCUAUCACGCCGUUGGUUCAGCACUCACAAUUCAAAAAUGGGCGAGACCGUGAGAAUGGGUGACCGGCCAACCCCCGUCCCGCUGCCCAAUGCAGAGCAAUUCUUCCUAGACAGCGAUCAGGGUCACAAGUACCUGAUACAACUAUCUUGGCCUCUACAUUGGCUGGAUAAUCGGACGUCGGACCGCGGGCCCCUUCCCAUCAUCUACGUCGUCGACGGAAACGCAUUGUUCCUAACCGCAACGGAAGUGGCUUGGCGCCGUGCAGCUUCAUCCCACUUUGCCGGCGGUGGCCUCAUCGUCGCCAUUGGAUACCCCGUGGCUGGCAAGCUGUACGAUGCUAAGCGCCGAAGUCUUGACCUGACACCGCCAACCGAAAGUCCGAUCCCGGGCGCUGGUGGUGCGGAUGUCUUUCUCGAUUUCAUCGAAAAGUCCGUUCGACCCGCUGUGAAGGCCCGGUUUCCUAGGAUAAUCAUUUCUCGUGAAGCGCUGUACGGUCACUCGUACGGGGGAUUAUUUGCCCUGCACGCCCUUUUCACGCGCCCCACCUCGUUCGACUGUUACAUUGCUAGCAGUCCGUCGAUAUGGUGGAAUAGGCGAUGUAUUUUACACUCGGCCCAAGCCUUCUUAGACAAUGACAAGGCUUCGGAUGAGAAGUUACCGUCGCUAGUCGUUUCUUGGGGGUCUUGUGAGCAGAAUCCACCUCAGUGGAAUGAUGAGCCUCUGGAUCAUUACGAGGGGCGGAAGCAAAUUGCCUCAGAGUUGCGAAUGGCAGAUAAUGCGAGGGACCUUGUUAACAUGAUGGGUGGAUGCAACCGACUACGCACAGUGCGGGCGAAGGAGUAUGAGGGAGAAGAACACACAAGUGUCAUGGCCUGCUCAAUCAGCCGGGGCUUGACUACGUUCUUUGAGGAUUGGCCUCUCAGCCAGUCUUGAUUGAGAGGUUUUGAACAUUUUAUUAUCUCCAAUUCCAAUGUCAGAGAUUGAGACUAGAGUAGAUAGUCAAUGAGGUUGAUGAGAAUUAUCAUUCCAGACUAAGAAUAUGAAUGUCUGCAGUGGUGUUGGAAUCCGACCGGUGAACUGUACAUCAGUCGGUAUUACG